AUGUAUGACAAAACCACUUUCCUGAACAACCCCGAUUCUUCCAAUGAAGAAGCCAAGAGAUUCACGUUUGAUUACAGCUAUUGGUCACAUGAUGGAUACACAGAAGCAGAGUCGGGAUUGAUUGUUCAAGAUUUAAGUCAUCCAAAUGGACACAAAUACUGUGAUCAGAUGACGGUGUACAAUGACCUAGGACGAGGAGUACUCAACAAUGCGUGGGAAGGUUACAACUCAACACUAUUCGCAUACGGCCAAACGAGUUCGGGAAAGUCCUGGUCCAUAGUGGGCUAUGGUGUAAAUAAAGGAAUUGUGCCAAUGUUUUGUGAGGAUUUAUUUAAAAAUAUUGCAGAUAGCAAGGCCAGUGGGGAUAAAAUAGAAUUUGAAGUAAGAUUCAGUAUGUUAGAAAUUUACAAUGAAAUUGUAAGAGAUUUACUCAAUUUAACCAGCACGAAGAAAAGAGGGCUCAAAGUCCGAGAACAUCCAACUAAAGGCUUUUUUGCUGAGGGCUUAAGUUCGACAUUAGUAACAACAUAUAAAGAUAUCGAAGCUCAGCUAGACCUUGGAACCACAAACCGCAGCAUUGCCUCAACGAACAUGAAUGCCACAAGUAGCCGAGCGCACACUAUUGUUGGAAUAACGCUGGUACAAAAAUCAAGGAAUGUGAAAGGUCAAGAAACUGCCAAGACUUCUGUUGUGAAUCUUGUAGAUUUAGCAGGAAGUGAACGUGCUUCGGCAACAGGUGCUACGGGAGAUCGCUUAAAAGAAAGCGCGGCAAUUAAUCAAUCUUUAUCUUGUUUGGGAAACUGCAUUCAUUCUUUGGCCGAGAGAGCAACAGGCCGAAAUAUAAGAGUUCCUUAUCGGGAUUCGGUUCUUACCCGCUUAUUGAUGAACGCUUUAGGAGGAAAUAGUAAAACUGUAAUGGUUGCUUGCAUUAGUCCUGCAGAUAUAAACUAUGAAGAAACUCUUUCGACAUUGCGAUAUGCUGAUCGAGCCAAACAAAUUAAGACCGUUGCCACCAUCAAUGAAGAUCCAACAGAAAUCUUGAUCCGAGAGCUUAGGGCAGAAAACGAGAAGUUGAAGAAAAUGCUCGAACGGGGUGUCCUGAAUGUGCCAAUCAAACCUGGGAUGACGGAUGAUGAGGUAGUUAGGAGACGGAGCAGAUGGGAAGAGGAAAUGAAAGCAGCUAUGGCAGAAAACGAAAGAGAAAUGCAACAAAUUAAGCAGAGUUACGAAGAAAAAUUAAAACUUGCACGUCAAGCUCAAAAAGCAGAUGCAACCAGAGCGAAACACGAAGAAUUGAAAAAACAGCAUCCUCAUUUAUCAAAUUUAAACUUCGAUCCCCAACUGUCUGGCAAAAUACUUCACAUAUUAAAAAAUGGAGCUAAUAUCAUUGGGAAAGAAGAUAACGCUGAUAUCAUGCUUCUGGGACCAAGCAUACAGGAGAAUCAUGCGGUGGUUCACGUUCAAGACGAGGGUCAAAUCAUCAUCGAAAAGGGAUGUCCAGAAGCUAGGAUACUUUUAAACGGUGAAGCUGUUGUCAGUCAGUCCGUGUUGAACCACAAUGACAGGAUAAUGUUUGGAACGACCCAGCUUUACAUUUUUCAAGAUAGUGAGAACGCUACUCGUGGUAAGAAGUAUCCGGAAAUUACUUACGAAAUGGCGCAGGAAGAAAUUGCAGCAAAAGCGGGCAUUAAUCUUACAGGAGAUAAUUCAAGAGAAAGUGCUCUUUUAAACAAAGAUCUUUUAGAGGUAUUGCCAGGAGUGGAGGUUGCAAAUUCUAUUAGUGAAGAACUUGACAAAAGGGUAAAAUUUGAAAUAAUGCUCGUUUCUCCACAGAUGAUUGGCAGAGUUUCAGGAUUUACUGAGGUGUAUGUAAAAAUGAAAAAUUUGGACACGCGGCAGGAAUAUGAAUGGCCGAAGCAGAAAUUCCUCAACAGGUUAUACGUAAUGAAAGAAAUGUAUCAAAAUUACGAAGCAAAUGAAGAUUGGGAUUUACCUCCAGAAAGAGACCCAUUUUUAGAAGAUCCUGACACUGAAGUUCGAAUAGGUACAGUUCAGGUGUAUCUCCAGCCUUUGUCGUUUAUGGUUGAACUGAAGGAACAACUUGAAAUAAUAAAUUACAAAGGAAGUGAAGUAGGAAUCAUCAACGUUGAAGUAGUUCCUUGUUCCGAUGAUGGUCGAGAAUAUACUGAACAAGAUGACCAGUUUGUGGAGACUCCUGAUGAACUUCUGGGGAAAAAUAUCUACUUUAUUGUAAAAAUUAAUGGUUGCCGUGGUAUUCCUAGCAGAUUUACGGAUGUAAACUGUAAGUACAAGGUAUAUCUUGACGAAGCUGAAACUGUCACAGAAACGGUUUCAGACACUUCAAAUCCUGAUUUUUAUCACAAAAAAAUGUUUUCGUUUACUCCUGUCACACGCCAGCUUUUGGAGUACUUAAAAGAUGGCUACAUCGUAAUCCAGGUGUGGGGGAAGCAAAAGCCUCGAAAAUCUGCCAUUGCCAAAUCUCUAGGAAGAAGCACCAAGCAGAUGAUUCAAGAUGAUCUUUUAAAUCAGACGUCUAAACUAAUGAACGGAUUUAGAAUUAACGGAAGGAAUGUUGACCCUAAUAAGCAAAGCAUGAUCGUAGAGUUACUACUAAUGAAGAAACAACAACAGAGACAGCAACAAAGACUGGAAAAUAUUGGACAUUUAGUCGAUAUUGCAGAGAGGCAAAAAAUGAGAGAAAUUCCUCUUCCAAUAGUAAAACAGCUACUUCUAGCAAAUUCGAAUGAAGCUUCUGCAAAAAUUUUCAACAGUAUUAUGCCGAAAGGAAGUCGCCUUCCUCGAACACCUCAGAGUUUGUCAAAGAACACCGCGGAAAAUAAUAUUGAGGAAGAAGAUGAAGAGGAGGAGGAUGAGGAGGAGGAGGAAGACGAAGACGAGGAAGAAGAUGAAGAGGAAGAUGAAGGUAACGAAGCUGAAAACAGAAGAAGGCGGAGAGAACGUCGGCGAAGGCGAAGUGAUGAAUCGUACGAUGAUGAUGACAAUUCAUACAAAGGAUCCUCAACGUGCACCGUUUUGUAAAUGUAUCUUCUCAGAUAUCAGUAACGUGUCGAAUACGUGAAGGCUCUGAAAGCAGAGUGGAAAGUUUUCCAAAAACGCACAAGAACCAUCAGGACUGUGGUCCAAACUUAAUGCCUUCCUAAAGGACUUAUGCAGAAGAAGGAUAAGAUUUGGUGAAACAGGGAAAGCUACUCCGUUAAAUCAAAGGGCCGAUUCUAUAUUAAUAAUUGCAUC